AUGAUCUUAGCCGUUGGUCAUGGGAAAGGAAGACUAACAUGCUUUCUUGGGGAUAUUAGAGGAAUUGUUGAUGUGUCAUUUGGUAAGGUUGACAUGGUGGUGGAUGCGAUAAUUGUGGCAAAGGUUGCUCAUGCUAAUCGCCCAUCCGUCAAUGCAAUUUAUCAAGUGGGAUCCUCUGUAAGAAACCCUGUGAGAUACACUAAUCUUCAAGAUUAUGGAUUUAAUUACUUCACCAAGAAACCUUGGAUUGGUAAGGAUGGAAAGCCUGUCAAGGUUGGCAAGGUUAAAGUAUUAAGCACCAUGUCUGGCUUCAGCAGAUAUAUGACCAUUCGUUACUUGCUAUUGCUAAAGGUUAAUUUGUUCCAAGUUUCACCACAAUACCUAUCUAUCAAUUAA